AUGCACAGUAGCUCACAUAAAGUGAGAGAAAAAAUUGGAAAGAUUUCAUUUUUCAAAAUGAAAGACUUGAUACUGAUCCUGUGCCUCCUGGAAAUGAGUUUUGCAGUGCCGAUGUUUCCUCAGCAACCUGGGGCACCAGGCAUGGCACCUGGCAUGGCUAGCUUGAGCCUUGAGUUUUCUAGAUUUGGCUUUGGGAAAUCACUUAACUCUUUGUGGUUGCAUGGUCUCCUUCCACCACAUUCCUCUCUCCCGUGGCUAAGACCAACAGAACAUGAAACUCAACAGUAUGAAUAUUCUUUGCCUGUGCAUCCCCCACCUCUCCCAUCACAGCCAUCCCUGCAGCCUCAACAGUCAGGACUGAAACCUUUCCUCCAGCCCACUGCUGCAACCGCUAUCCAGGCAACAGCCCAAAAGGGUGGUCCUCAACCUCCAAUGCAUCCAAGGCAGCUGCCCUUGCAGGAUGGAGAACCGCCAGCAACUGAGCAACAGGUGGCACCAACAGAGAAACCACCAACAUCUAAGCUCCUGGUAAUGGAUUUUGCUGGUCCACAGGUUCCAUCAUUGUUCCAUAUAGCCCGUUUGAUAUCUCGGGGACCACUGCCACAAAACAAACCAUCUGCACUUUAUCCAGGAAUGUUUUACACGUCUUAUGGAGCAAAUCAACUGAAUGCUCCUACCAGACUUGGUAUCAUGAGUUCAGAAGAAAUGGACGGAGGAAGAGGAGGCCCCAUGGGCUAUGGAGCCAUGUUCCCAGGAUUUGGAGGCCUGAGGCACAGCCUUAGGAGAAUGUCUCCCAAUCCAGCCAUGGGUGGAGAUUUUACUCUGGAAUUUGACUCCCCAGCGGGAACAAAAGGUCCUGAGAAGGGAGAAGGAGAGGCACAAGCCUCCCCCGUGCAGGAGGCCAACCCAGCCAAUCCAAAAAACCCAGCGCUCCUUUCACAGAUAGCACCUGGUGCUCAUGCAGGACUCCUUGCUUUCCCUAACGACAACAUUCCCAACCUGGCAAGGGGCCCUGCAGGGCAGAGAAAGGGACCCCGUGGGGUCACUCCAUCAGCUGCUGACCCACUGAUGACCCCUGAAUUAGCUGAGGUUUAUGAAACCUAUGGUGCUGAUGUUACCACACCCCUGGAUACAGGAGAAGCAACCAUGGAUACCACAAUGACCCCAGACACUCAGCAAACAUCAAUGCCAGGAAACAAAGUCCACCAACCCCAGAUGGUACAUGAUGCAUGGCGUUUCCACGAGCCCUGA